GGGAGGCGGCGGCGGGCGGCGCGUCUUUGUGUGCCUGCGCGUCUGGCGGCGCAGAGGAUGGAGACGGCGACAGAGGCGGCGCACGGGACUGCGCUCCUGCGGGGCCUGGCCGCCUUGCGGGCGGAGCGGUGCCUGCUGGACGUGACGCUGGUGGCGGGCAGCGGGCGGGAGUUCGGGGCCCACCGGGCCGUGCUGGCGGCGGCCUCGGGCUACUUCCGCGCCAUGUUCGGCGGGGCCCUGCGGGAGGCGCGGGCGGAGCGAGUGCGGCUGCACGGCGUGGAGCCUGAGUGCCUGGCGUUGCUGCUCGACUUCGCCUACACUGGCCGCGUGGCGCGCCUGGGCCCGGAGCUGGCCGAGCGCCUCCUGCGCGCCGCCGACCUGCUCCAGUUCCCGGCCGUCAAGGAGGCGUGCGGCGCCUGGCUGGCGGCGCGCCUGGAGCCGGCCACGGCGCUGGAAAUGCAAGAUUUCGCCGAGACCUUCGCGUGCGCGCCGCUCGCCGCCGCCGCCCACCGCUGCGUCUUGCGCCACGCCGCCGCCGGCUCCGACGGGCUGGGCGCGCAGCUGGAGCGGCUGCCGCUGGCCCGCCUCGUCUCCUACCUGCGCGACGACGCGCUGCGCGUGCCCAAGGAAGAGGCCGCCUUCGCCCUGGCCUUGCGCUGGGUGCGCGCCGAGCCGGCCGCGCGCGCCGCGCUCCUCCCGCAGCUGUUGGCCCACGUCCGCCUGCCCUUCGUGCGCCGCUUCUAUCUGCUGGCCCACGUGGAGGGCGAGCCGCUGGUGGCGCGCUCGGCCGCCUGCCUCCGCCUCGUGGCCGAGGCGCGCCUCUUCCAGGCCGCACGCCUCGACCGGCACGACUUCGGGCCCUGCGCGCGCCUCCGCCCGCGCCCCUCCACCGGCCUGGCCGAGAUCCUGGUGGUGGUGGGCGGCUGCGACCGGGACUGCGACGAGCUCGUCACCGUCGACUGCUUCAACCCGCGCACUGGCCACUGGCGCUACCUGGCCGAGUUCCCCGACCACCUGGGCGGCGGCUACAGCCUGGCUGCCCUCGGCAACGACAUCUACGUCUCCGGAGGAUCUGAUGGCUCCAGACUCUACGACUGUGUCUGGCGAUACAAUUCCAGUGUGAAUGAGUGGACGGAGGUGUCCCCAAUGUUAAAAGCCCGCGAGUACCAUAGCUCGGUGGUCUUGGAUGGACUUCUCUAUGUCGUGGCUUCGGACAGCACAGAACGCUACGACCACUCGCUGGAUGCCUGGGAGGCGAUGCAACCCAUGCUCUACCCCAUGGACAACUGUUCCACCACAGCCUGCCGUGGCAAGCUCUAUGCCAUAGGUUCGUUGGCUGGCAAAGAGUCCAUGGUUAUGCAGUGCUACGACCCGGAGACGGACCUGUGGUCUCUUGUCAACUGCGGGCAGGUGCCCCCUUGGUCAUUCGCCCCCAAAACGGUCACUCUCAGCGGGCUGAUGUAUUUUGUAAGAGAUGACUCUGCUGAAGUUGAUGUGUACAACCCGGCGAAGAAUGAAUGGGACAAAAUCCCUUCAAUGCUCCAGGUUCACGUUGGGGGCAGCUUAGCUGUGCUAGGCGGGAAGCUCUAUGUCUCUGGCGGCUAUGACAGCACCUUCGAACUUUCAGGCGUCGUCGAAGCGUACGAUCCCGAAACGCGGACCUGGAGCGUGGUGGGUCAGCUGCCGGAGCCGAUCUUCUGGCACAGCAGCGUCAGCAUUUUCCGCCAGUUCAUGCCCGAGACCCAGGAAGACGAGGAGCUCCCCCUGGACAACGCCGUCAGCCUGAGCCGUCAGCAGCAGCAGAACCUUCGCAACCAGAACCUGAAUGAGCUGCACUAACGGCUGGCCGGCUUGUCUCUGGUGGCUAGGAGCCAAUCUGCCACCCAGAACGGACGUCACUUCUGGGGCGGGAGGCAAGCUGGGCGUUGGAGUCUGUGACGUGCAUGCUUGAAGAGGCGACCCGAAUUGCCGGGCAGAUGGAAAAGAGGAGCAUAGGGGGCACUGAGUGUUUUCCUUGGGGAUCAGCCUUCUCUUUGGCAGGGGAGGGGGCAGCAGAACAGGGGAAUUCCUGGAAAGGAAUCUUUUAGGGGUGGGGGAAUGGUUGACUCAUCACCUGGCUGGAAGCUGAGAGAGUGAUGAUUGGAGGAGUAGCCUUUCCAAAAGGGGUCUGAUAGCUCCCCCUCCCUUGCCGAAAGCAUCUCCUCCCACCAAAUCCUUUACUCCUUAAGGGAAAAACAGUCUCCCUCCACAAAAGAAUAGUUCAGGUAGCAGCAGGUUGGUAAGCUGCUGUUGUGCAUGGGCAGCUGCAGUCUCUGCACCCCUUCUGUUUAACACCUGCCUUUGGUGGACCCCUUCCUCUCCCUGUAAGGAAGGAGUUCCAAACCCGGUUUCCUUUUUUUGGGGAGAGAACCCACAAUCAGGUGCCAAUGGGUGGGAUAGUGCUGCUUUGGGAGAUGCUGUGUCAUAUCUGUUUUGUUAGCUGCUCAUAUUGCGGGGAGGGGGGGUGGGAUUGGAUAGAAUAACUAGAGUUGCUUCUGAAGAUGAGCAAAGGAAAAAUAACAGUAUUCAAGUGAGUAAUUUUGUUGUGCAAACAGUGUAGCUGCUAUGGUGUGUGUUUGGCACAAGAGGAUCCCGUGUUCCUCUAAUGAACUCACAGCACCUCCUUUCAGUGUUGGUGCCUUCUAUGUUUUGAGUAGAGAGAACUAUUUUUUCCCCCUGUCCCUUAGGACAAUAUUAUUGCUUCUGAUGGUCUCUAAACGUUCUAGUUUUCACAGAGCAAGUUGAGCAAUUGUAUUUUAUUUUUUUUAUUUAAUCGGAGCAAGCGUGUGGAACCAGAGAAGCCUCCCAGUCAGUUGUUUGGCAUGUCGGCAGUGGGUGUUCCUGAUGAGGUUUUUCAGUUGCUGAGUGUCAGAUUCCCAUUUGGAAAAGAAACAGGAGAAGGGUGGUUAUCACAGAUAGUCAAGGGCCUUUUCCCCCCUUCCUUCCAGUUGCUGCUGUGGAGGUCCCUAAGAAGGGACCAGUUGUUUUUUUGACUCACUGUUUGGUUCAGGGCACUUUCUCUUAGUUUUCUAAAGCCAAAUGAUAAGAUGGAGAGAGGGGAGGAUCUCCAUUGGGGGGGGUGGGGCACUCUUAUUUAACAGGUUUGAGGUUUUCACCAAUGGUGCCUUAAUGGAAUGCAGCUUGAAACAAGCCUUAGCCCUGGUUCACACACGCAGGAGGAAUUAAGUUGGUCAAAUGCACCACUUUAGCUUCAGCAGAGGGGUCCCCAUUUGACAUGCCUUCUCUUGGUCGACUCCCCCCAAACAGAAAACCAGCAUUUCCAGCCAAGAGAGAAAGUAGACCUUUUCUCCCUGCUGGUGCUCAUUUUCUGCACAAAGAAACAUUCCAGAGUCUGGAAUCCUCCACCUGAUGUCUGAAGCUGUGUGGUACCGUUUGACCCCCUCAGGGCUCCACUGCCUCCUCCUUCUGAAUGUGUGAAACAGGCCACAGCUCCCACCCUCCACCGGCGCUGCCAAAGACGGCGGACCGACAUUUUGGAUCUGUGCUUUGUUCUUGGUUCUUCUCGAAGGCAUCCCCUGGUGAGCUGCCAUCACAGAGAGAAGCAGCAGCUAUUCCUGAGCUGCGGGAAACAGCAGACUGGCCACUGGUCUGCAGAAAAAGGUUUAGCUGCUUGUGAAGCUAGAAUGGGCAUGGUCAGGUUGUCAGUUUGUGACCAUGGAAUGGCCUUGGGUUAGCCAUAGCUGUCUCGGAGCUGUCCUUGAAAGGGCAGCUGCUGUGAAAGCUCUCUCAGCCCCACCCACCUCACAGGGUGUCUGUUGUGGGGGGAGAAGAUAAAGGAGAUUGUAAGCCGCUCUGAUUCAUAGAGAAGGGCAGGGUAUAAAUCUGCAGUUCUUCUUCAUGCAAGACUCAGUGCCAGAGCAUGAGGCUGUACAUUGCGAGGGCAUGCGUGCAUGCAUAUUGCGAGGUGUGUUCUGCUUCAGCCUUUACUCACCUUUUUAAAAAAACACAUCAACCUGUGUUUUUCUCAUUCUUUCUGACUUGCGUGUUCCUUUGUGCCAAAGGAGCCGAUGAUCUCUGCAUCCCAAGCCCUUCCUUUGCUUUAAGGGCUUGCUCAGGAUGGCAGAUUUUUUGCAACUCUGCGCCAGCUGUUUACAGACCUUGAGCUGCUACUGCUGCCUACAUCUUGUACUGUUAUUACUUAACCCAUAAAGUCUCAUGUGCUGGCCUAUUAAGAUGAUACUCCCCCCCCCCCCCAUGUAAUGCUCACUGCUGGAUCUGUAGCAGCUUGGAAGCUCUAGAACCAGAUGGACAACUUUGUAUUUAUUUAACUUUGGGAGGUCUUGUGUUCAGCCUUUAAGUAUUGUAUGUAACAUACCUGGUGGGGGGGCAGGGGGGAAUAGAAAAAACGGUAUUAUAUUUUGAAAUUUUUUUUCCUUCAAAACUUGAAAAUCUGAAGGAUGAAUAAAGUGUGCGUUCAGUGUAA